CUGCCGGAAGUGAUAAAUUUGAUCGCCAAUGCGGUAAUUGCCAUAUGGCAUAUGCUCGAUUAGCCCUGUAUGCGGACGUGAUCCCGCUCGCCUAUUAUCUUCUUCCACCACGAAAAUCGCAGCGAUCUUUUUUGCGGCGCAUUUCCGAUAUUUUAGUUUGUGAAAUUCAAUAACAAUCUUCCAGUUUACUUCGUACAUGGUAACAUGCAUGAUACAACACACUGCUUUUUCUGUAUAAGGCCACCAUCGCACAUCAGCUUAAUUUUGCAGUGCCCAAUUCCGGUGCAUAUUCUAAUGUGGCGGAGUAGGUGACAAUCCCGGUAGUCUUAUCCGCGUCAAUUGCUGCGUGACGAUCAGCACCAACAAAACUUUUCUGCGAAAUGGGAAAGUGACGGAAAAAGUUGGCUUUAUCAGAAAUGCAGAGUUUAUGAAGUACGAGUAUACUUCGUACAGCUGUUCUUCUUUUUGGCGUUUCUCAAGUUUGUUUGAUCUGGUUUACAUUCAUUUGCAUGAUUGCUUAAUUUGCUUUUGCCCAGAAUAUUUAGAGAGUGUUUUGAUUCAACUUGAUUGCUUACUUCGCGUUACAGCGUGCUUUACCAGUUAGCUGCAUAUCCAGGCUUUUACCAAGUUUACUGCAUUUUUACGGUUUCCGUUAUCAGCCGUUGGUUGCCUGCGUGCCUGGAACAAUUUUUGAUCCUUGAUGAUUUUUGCCCGGUCGAUCUUUGAAUAAUAUGGUUGUUGUGUUUCUAAAACUUUGUUGAAAACCGUCGUUUUAAUCAAAGGCAAAGUGCAACGAAAUAAUUGUCUUAUCCAAGUGUGUGAUAUGCGCGGAUCCCUGUUGUGUCUAAUUCGAUAGCAUUGCGGUGUACAGGGAGUCUCUGCACCACUGUCGGAUAGUGGCUCUAAUCCGUUUUUUUACUCCACCUGCAGUUAUUUUUCUUUUCCUUGGUGACUGUGGAAUAUGAGAUGUAUCUUGUAUGGAGAACUGCAUCAUUAGCAGCAUGGUGAACCUGACCAGUAUACCAGGCAGUCGUCUGCGUGCGUGCGGCGAUAGCAGCGCGGGACGACUGGAAGCGCUGGAUGAUAUGGAGAUCAGCAUACCUGAUGUCUCCGCUGCAGCGUCCCCGAUUAGCUCCGCCAGCAGGCAUCCGGAUCUGAUGUCCCCGCAGUCCUCUGUUGAUAACUGCUUGCACUGGGGUUCCUCCAAGCAGCAGGUUACGCCUCACUACGAAUCGCAGCUCCUCUCCGCCCUGGGCGUCUACCCGGCCUCCUCGGCCAGCAGUCCCAACGUGCGCUUCUCCCUCGGGGGCGACGGGGCGGCCUCCCCCUACCCGACAGGGCUUCUCUCGGCGGACGGUCGCCGGAAUCCGCUGCACCGCAGCCUGCCCAGUCUGGCCUCGGCCAACGGGCCCUUCAGGGAGCCCCAGUCCCCCACGGGGCCCACCCGCAACAGCUCCUGCUCGCUGCAUCGCACCCAGCGCCACUUUGUCCUCCAGGAUUCCCUGGACCGGCCCGAUGACGACGGGAUGGAUGUGGAGGACGGGAAAACCAAUCCGGUGGGGCGUAAGAAAAUACUCGUGCGGAAGGAUUUCGGGGAAUCCGAUGAGGAAACGGAGACGGACGAGUCGACCCACUCCUCCACAGUGUAUCCCUCCUGCCGGAAGCGGCCUCUCCGUCCCGGCAGCACGGUGAAACGCAUGAAGACCAUGGACUGUUCGGCGUUCCGUGGUGAUGAUGAUUCCAUAUCCUCCGGUGAUGAACUGGAGAAGUUCUUCAAUUCCAUGGGCUUGGAUGAUCAGCAGAUGGGCGGACGGUGCGGCUCGCGCGCACUGAACAUUUCCAAUCAGGUAUCGGAUGACGCGAUGGAAUCGGAGGAAGAGCAGUUCGAAUCGGUGUCCAUUGUCGGAGGGGGUGUGCUGCGCGGACGGAAGGACAGCAUCGCCCUGAUCCCCACGGUGGAGACGGAUGACGAUGAACCGGAGAUGCCCAGCGACGAGGCCGGCUCCAAGGGGGACGGGGAGCGGGGCCCGCGCCCGCCUGCGCUAUCCCUCAACGGCCGCAACGAGGAGAACUACAAACUGCGCAACGCCCGCGUCUACAAGUGGCUGGUCACUUGUCGGGCCGCUGGCAAAAAGUGAAACGCGGAGAGAUCCAUUUUAUCCGCGACGGAGACUUUUGUAGAGUCGGCUAUUACGCUGAGCAUUUGUACUGAUCUGGAUUCCUGCUUGACUUGUGGUUUCUUUGUAAAGGAAGGAAGUCGUCAACUCGAGAUGUAUUUAAACAUAUAUUUUAUUACGAGUACUACAAUAUUUCUAUUUGAUAAUGGCGCUUUUGAGAAUAUUUAGCAGCCUGUACGGAGAGAUUUGAUGAUCUGAUAAAGAUGAUAGUUCGACUUGUACUACUGUAGAAGCAUCUAGUAGUUGAGCCUACAUUGUGACAAGUUACAACGUUGUCCGGACAGAAUUGUACCAUUAGUGGUUUUUUGUUUUCUUAAAU